UUCUUGCUUCAUUCAGGAACCGCGGAGGGGUCGCUGCUGGGUGCUCGCUAAGCCCAAUCGCAGGAUUGGAGCUCUCCCCAGGCGAUCCACGGUCCGCAUCGUCUUCCUCCUCCGCCCCGUGGAUGGAUCCUACUAACUGCAAAAGGCAGAAGCAUGAAAUCGGGUGUGAUAGCUCGCCGAGCACCCAGUCCCUGUCAACCAUCAUCAGUCAUAACAGAUCUGUACGUCUUAGAUUUCUCAAAGAAUUCAAGGAGUUGAAGUACGGGAGUGUCACUGAAGAUUACAAGGCAAUCAAUAGAAAGAGGCAUGAACUUAUCAGCACGCUUGAAAAGCUGCAACUUGUACCUAUCAAGUUGCCCUAUGCCAGUGUAGCUCUCAAGUCUUCAAAUGUGACAUUACAUGAUGAAGCACAAACUGGGAACAAUAUUAAUUCUGAUAAUAUUAUCGAAUUGGAUCUGUACAGUGUUGGAUAUGAUACCCAUGCUACCAUGGACAAUACUGGGGCUCAGAAAACUGUUUGCUUACUUGAUUCUGAUGAUGAGGACAUGGUUCACUCCUUUGUAGAUGGAAAUUUAUCCGAUUCUAAGCAAAAUAACUAUUUUAUCCAAGAAUGCAUGCUGGCUGAGCAGCCUUGCCAAUACCAGGACAUCAGUUCUGAAGCUCAACUUGUAGUUGAGCCAGGAAAGGACAGCAUGGACAUUGACAAUGAGCCCAAGGAAAUUGCUUUUAUUGAUGGCCAUAGUACUUCAGAGCCACAAGUGAUCAAGCAAGGACAGAAUGACAUAAACAUUUACGCCGAGGGUCGUGACAGGGAGAGAGAAAGAAGGGAAGGAGAAGGUGAGGAUGUCCAAAGUAAACAAUGCGUGGAGAAAAAGAAUAUAUCUGUUAUAGAUUCUUAUGAAAUAUCUUGUGAGGUCAUACAAAGUGAGUCAACGGCAAAUGGACAUUAUAAUCACUAUGAUAGCAAUGACAAUCCAGUUGAUGACCUGGAUGACCUUUGGAAUGACAUGUCGAUUGCAUUGGCAUGUUCAAAGACCAUUGGAAGUGAUCACAGUAUUGUUCCGCCGGAGAAUAAUAAUUCUGAAGUAGUGGAUCGUUGUCAUCAUGACUUCCUGAUGAAAGAUGAUUUGGGCAUUGUAUGUCGUGUUUGUGGUCUGAUCCAGCAACACAUUGAGAGUAUUUUUGAGACAAACUGGAAAAAGCGUAUGCAAUCCAACAGAACGUACGCGCCAGAACCUAGAAACUACAAUGAUCUGGAGGCAACUACCAAUCCUUCAGGAAAUAUUCUUCAGGUGGUCAGUGGUGCUCUAUCGAUCGACCCUCGGCAUUCAGAACAGAUGAAACCUCACCAAGUGGAAGGUUUUCAAUUUUUGAUCAAGAACUUGGCAGAUGAGAACAACCCUGGGGGUUGUAUUCUAGCACAUGCACCAGGUUCUGGAAAGACCUUUAUGGUAAUUAGCUUUGUUCAAAGCUUCCUGGCCAGAUACCCUACUGGAAGGCCGUUGAUUAUUCUUCCUAAGGGCAUUAUGGCAACAUGGAGAGCAGAAUUUCUCUAUUGGCAAACUGACGAAAUUCCCUUGUAUGACUUCUACUCCAAAGGUGAUAACUGGUCUGAACAACAACAGUCAAAAAAGAGAAAAUGUUCUGAACAACAACGGCCAAAGAAGAAAAUACGGUCUGAACAACUCAAAGUGUUGAACAUGUGGGAAGAAAAGAGAAGCGUAUUGCUGCUAGGGUAUCAGCAAUUCGCAGGCAUAAUUUCUGAUGAGGACACUUCUGAUGCAGUAGCUGUCAUGUGCCGAGAGAAGUUGUUGAAGGUCCCAAGCCUCGUCAUUCUAGAUGAAGGCCACACCCCGAGAAAUGAGCAAACUAACUUACUCACUGCACUUGGAAGUAUAAGAACUCCUAGAAAAGUGGUGCUCUCAGGAACCUUGUUUCAGAAUCAUGUAAGAGAGGUUUUCAACAUUUUGAACCUUGUGCGGCCAAAAUUCCUGAAGAUGGAGAAAUCUCGUGCAAUAGUGAAGCGUAUGCUAAGCAAGGUUGAUAUGUUGGGGAAGAGUGCACGGUCAAAGUACACUUCAGAUAAGUACUUCUAUGAUGUGGUUGAAGGAAACCUUAAAAAGGAUGCAGAUGAUAAAAUGAGAGUGAUGAUCAUCCAGAAUCUACGCGAGCUAACUGCGGAUGUGCUCCACUAUUAUAAAGGUGAGCUUUUGGACGAGCUACCCGGACUUGUGGACUUCACUGUUUUUCUGAAUAUGAGUACCGAGCAGGAAGAGAUCCUUAGGAGUUUGAUGCGACUAGAUAAUUUUAGCAGAAAAACAGCAUGCAGCGCUAUUUAUCUUCAUCCUUGCUUAAAGAAUAUUCAGAAUGAUGAAGAGAAGAAUCGAGAUAUUGCCGUUCAGAAGAUUGAUUCCAUAAUUAAAAGAGGAAUCAAUAUCAAGGUUGGGGCAAAGGCAAUGUUUGUAUACAAUUUGUUGUGUCUUUCAGAGGCUGCAGGAGAGAAGGUACUCGUGUUCAGCCGGUAUCUGAACCCUCUGGUUUUCUUGGAAAUGCUGCUCAGAAGAAUGAAAGGAUGGAAACCAGAGGUGCAGAUGUUUAAGUUAAAUGGUAAAUUAACGCAAGAACAGCGAGACAAGGCGGUUGAGCGAUUUAACCGCUCAGCGGAUGCUAAAGUUUUGUUUGGUUCCAUCAAGGCAUGCGGCGAGGGCAUCUCCCUUGUUGGUGCAUCACGUGUUGUCAUUCUGGAGGUCCAUGAAAAUCCCUCUGUGACGCGACAGGCAAUCGGACGCGCAUUCAGACCAGGGCAGUCCAAAAUGGUGUAUUGCUACCGCCUUGUUGCUGCUGACUCGCCAGAAGAGGAGGAUCACAAAACAGCCUUGGGAAAAGAAUGGGUAUCCAAGAUGUGGUUCGAAUCGAACGAGCUUUGCACCAAUGAUGAUUUUCAGCUUGCGUCUGUGGAUGUUUCAGUCAGUGGGGACAGGUUUUUCGAAAGCCCUGAACUGCGGCAGGAUGUCAAAUCUCUACACAAAAGGUGAACAACAGCGACAAGCGCUAACCAGUGAGAAAGAGAACAGGGGAAGGAACUGAAGCGAACUUUCCGUGCUUCUUUGGGGUAUUUUGCUGAUCGUCUGAAGUAUGUAAGUCUGAUCAUCUCGAAUGUUAAGGUGUCUAGUAGUGUCUAUUUGUUGAUAUUUUCUCUCCAUUAAAAUUUUAAAUGAUGAUGAAUUCCUGGAGUCACGGUAAUUUGGUACUGCUAAUGACUAUUCGGACGCAAGUUAUCUAGGUUUCAGUCUUUGUUGUCCUGUGGAACCAAUUGCGCGAUGUUCGUUGUCUGAUAAACAAAUGUUUAACUGUAUAAGAAUUGUUACUUUUAUUAA